CGGCUGACCAGCAUUCAGGUCGCAUCACCGGUCAUGGUGCUUGCUGAACGGUACGAGACAGAGCCAACUGAAGCUGACCUGAUUCUUUUGGUCCAGCAUGACCACUUGUAGAAGUGGGUGAGGAAAAGUACAUCUGAGAUUCCAGGAAAAGCAGUCACCGCCGAAACAAGCCCAAGUCUGCUGAUGAAGGACAACCAUCUGCCGAUUGCACGCUAUCCUCGACGGUUAAAUUUUCCAUUCUUUAGUCGCGGAGCACAAUGUCCAUUUACAGACUACGUGGCAGGAUCAGCUUAUCAUGAAGCACGAUCGUCAUCAUCCUGCUGUCGUGGCUGCCAGUACAUGCAUCUGCGUCGCAUCAGAAACGCCAUAAGCCUCUCUCACGAGCAACUCGAGGUACAAAUUUCAGCCACGGCGGAGAAUGACUGCAUGCGUGGUCGGGUUGUAUCUCCGCCGGUACUGCCCAAGUUGCGGUGUUUCUUCAAGUGACAGCCCUCGCAAAUACCUCGCUGUACGCAGAUAGACGUGUCAAGUAGCACUCAGCUGAAAACCACGAGCCGGGGAGCAACCGGUUUAUCACCGAGCCAUCUGUAGACAGGAUCAUCUCCUCUCUUCCUCAGAGACUACUGCUACGGCACCAAUAGCAUCAAGACCACUCGAAGUGCUGAUGUCGGGCUGAUGUUAUACGUCCACGACUGCCGUCUACGGCCUGGUGAAAGCAUGAAGAAAUAAUAGUGAAAUAAAUCGAAGCACCUGGUGGUACAGUUACCCCGAGC